AUGGACGUGGUAAGCUUCCCAGGAGUGAGCGCCUCAACACCAAACACCACCAACUGCACCGCGGCCCCCGGCGGCGGCCCGCGGGCGGCCCCGUUCCGUCACGGGAUGGCGGCGGCGGCGGCGGUGGUGGUCGUCCUCAGCCUCCUCACCCUCCUCACCGCGCUGGUCAACGCCGCCGUCAUCGUCGCCAUCUGCACCACCAAGAAGCUCCACCUGCCCGCCAACUACCUCAUCUGCUCCCUGGCCGUCACCGACCUGCUGGUGGCGCUGCUCGUGAUGCCCGUCAGCAUCCUCUACAUCACCGCGGAGGUGUGGACCCUGGGUCAGGUGGUGUGCGAGCUGUGGUUGAGCGUGGACAUGACCUGCUGCACCUGCUCCAUCCUGCACCUGUGCGUCAUCGCCCUGGACCGCUACUGGGCCAUCACCAAAGCUAUCGAGUACGCUCGCAAGAGGUCGGCCAGCCGCGCCGCCGCCAUGGUGGGGAUCGUCUGGGUCAUCUCCGUCUUCAUAUCCAUGCCCCCUUUAUUCUGGAGGCAGAGGCCCAGCAGAGGCAGCUCCAAGCAGUGCACCAUAGAGCACGACCACCUGGGAUACACCAUAUACUCUACGGUUGGGGCCUUUUACCUUCCCAUGAUGAUCAUUCUUAUCUUAUACCACAGGAUUUACAAUGCCGCCAAAACGCUGUACCAGAAGCGCGGGUCUUCUCGGCACCUCAGCGGCCGCAGCAUCGGCAGCCAGAACUCGGUGGACCACUGCCGCGUCUCCCACGCGUUUUGCGUGUCCGACCUGUCCAACUCGGAUCCCACGCUGCCCACCGACAAGCUCAACGCCACCGUCCGCAUCCCGUCCUUUGAGACGGACGCGGACGGGCAAGACGAGAAGAACCAGAUGUGCACCUUGCGCGAGAGGAAAGCAGCGAGGAUCCUCGGCCUCAUUCUCGGGGCCUUCAUUGUCUGCUGGCUGCCUUUCUUCUUGAAGGAGGUCCUCGUGGGCCUGCGGGUGGUGCGGCCCUCUCCGCUGGUGUCGGACAUGCUCACCUGGCUGGGUUACAUCAACUCUCUCAUCAACCCCUUGCUGUACACCAGCUUCAAUGACGAUUUCAAGCUGGCUUUUAAAAAGCUACUCAAGAGAAAAGAGCAUGUGUAGAUUCGAGUUUUAAAAACAACAAGGGGAAUGUCUACACCUUGACUUAAGUUAUAGUCUACGCAAAUACGGAGUUACAUCUCAACAAACAAUGUCUA